AUGGCAAGGAUGGGCGGUGGUGGGAUGGGGAGUGCUGGGAGGGGGGGGGGUGCUGGGAUGGUGAGUGCUGGGAUGGUGAGUGAUGGGAUGGUGAGUGAUGGGAGGGUGAGUGCUGGGAUGGUGAGUGCUGGGAUGGUGAGUGCUGGGAUGGUGAGUGCUGGGAUGGUGAGUGCUGGGAUGGUGAGUGCUGGGAUGGUGAGUGCUGGGAUGGUGAGUGCUGGGAUGGUGAGUGCUGGGAUGGUAAGUGCUGGGAUGGUGAGUGCUGGGAUGGAAAGCCUGUCAUCUGUGGAGCUACUCAACAACGUUCGCACACCCGCACAACAGCAGUGGGUUAGAGACGAGGCAGCUGGAGUCGCUGCCGGAGCGGAUGACAAUCCGCUGAAGUUGUACUCAACGUUCGACAUCGACGUGUUGAUCUUUUUGGUGGCUGACGUUGUCGGCUCGCCCCAGCUGGAGGCCAUCAGAGCAUACCUUGACUGCAACGUGGCCACCGACCAAGGCGUGCAAACGGCUAUGCAAAAGGUAGGUGCUGUGAGGGGAGGCGCUGAGAUGGUGAGUGCGAUGAGGGGAGGUGCUGAGAUGGUGAGUGCGGUGAGGGGAGGUGCUGAGAUGGUGAGUGAUGUGAGGGGAGGUGCUGAGAUGGUGAGUGCUGUGAGGGGAGGCGCUGAGAUGGUGAGUGCUGUGAGGGGAGGUGCUGAGAUGGUGAGUGCUGUGAGGGGAGGUGCUGAGAUGGUGAGUGCUGUGAGGGGAGGUGCUGAGAUGGUGAGUGCUGUGAGGGGAGGUGCUGAGAUGGUGAGUGCUGUGAGGGGAGGCACUGAGAUGGUGAGUGCUGUGAGGGGAGGUGCUGAGAUGGUGAGUGCUGUGAGGGGAGGUGCUGAGAUGGUGAGUGCUGUGAGGGGAGGUGCUGAGAUGGUGAGUGCUGUGAGGGGAGGUGCUGAGAUGGUGAGUGCUGUGAGAGGAGGUGCUGAGAUGGUGAGUGCUGUGAGGGGAGGCGCUGAGAUGGCGAGUGCUGUGUGGGGAGGUGCUGAGAUGGUGAGUGCUGUGAGGGGAGGUGCUGAGAUGGUGAGUGCUGUGAGGGGAGGUGCUGAGAUGGUGAGUGCUGUGGGGGGAGGUGCUGAGAUGGUGAGUGCUGUGAGAGGAGGUGCUGAGAUGGUGAGUGCUGUGAGGGGAGGCGCUGAGAUGGUGAGUGCUGUGUGGGGAGGUGCUGAGAUGGUGAGUGCCGUGAGGGGAGGUGCUGAGAUGGUGAGUGCUGUGAGGGGAGGCACUGAGAUGGUGAGUGCUGUGAGGGGAGGUGCUGAGAUGGUGAGUGCUGUGAGGGGAGGUGCUGAGAUGGUGAGUGCUGUGAGGGGAGGUGCUGAGAUGGUGAGUGCUGUGAGGGGAGGUGCUGAGAUGGUGAGUGCUGUGAGGGGAGGUGCUGAGAUGGUGAGUGCUGUGAGGGGAGGUGCUGAGAUGGUGAGUGCUGUGAGGGGAGGUGCUGAGAUGGUGAGUGCUGUGAGGGUAGGCGCUGAGAUGGUGAGUGCUGUGAGGGGAGGUGCUGAGAUGGUGAGUGCUGUGAGGGGAGGUGCUGAGAUGGUGAGUGCUGUGAGGGGAGGUGCUGAGAUGGUGAGUGCUGUGGGGGGAGGUGCUGAGAUGGUGAGUGCUGUGAGAGGAGGUGCUGAGAUGGUGAGUGCUGUGAGGGGAGGUGCUGAGAUGGUGAGUGCUGUGUGGGGAGGUGCUGAGAUGGUGAGUGCCGUGAGGGGAGGUGCUGAGAUGGUGAGUGCUGUGAGGGGAGGUGCUGAGAUGGUGAGUGCGGUGAGGGGAGGUGCUGAGAUGGUGAGUGCUGUGAGGGGAGGUGCUGAGAUGGUGAGUGCUGUGAGGGGAGGUGCUGAGAUGGUGAGUGCUGUGAGGGGAGGUGCUGAGAUGGUGAGUGCUGUGAGGGGAGGCGCUGAGAUGGUGAGUGCUGUGAGGGGAGGUGCUGAGAUGGUGAGUGCUGUGAGGGGAGGUGCUGAGAUGGUGAGUGCUGUGAGGGGAGGUGCUGAGAUGGUGAGUGCUGUGAGGGGAGGUGCUGAGAUGGUGAGUGCUGUGAGGGGAGGUGCUGAGAUGGUGAGUGCUGUGAGGGGAGGCGCUGAGAUGGUGAGUGCUGUGAGGGGAGGUGCUGAGAUGGUGAGUGCUGUGAGGGGAGGUGCUGAGAUGGUGAGUGCUGUGAGGGGAGGUGCUGAGAUGGCGAGUGCUGUGAGGGGAGGUGCUGAGAUGGCCAUCGAGGAUGGAGCUCGGGUGAUGGUGAAGGAGUCCUACUUCCACGUGAAACCCGAUGACGUCACUCCCAUUGCCAACUGGUUUGUCCCUCGUAUACGCGAUAUAAACGUCGGCCACGAUGGUUACAACUGGCGCGGCGUGUGGUAUUGCCUCACCACCCGGAACUGUCCCUCCCUUCAUCUCUCCCUCCUUCUCUCUCUACCCUCUCCCCUCCCCUCCCCUCUCUCUGCCCUCUCCCCUCCCCUCCCCCUCCGCCUCCCACUUUCCCUCCCCCUCCCCAUCCGCCUCCCCUUUUACUCCCCGACCCCCUCCCCCUUCUCCCUUCCCCCUCUCCCCCCCUCUCCCCCCCCCCCCUCCCCUUCCCCCUCCCUUCCACGGUGGCUUUUAUAA